AUGUCGGAGCAGACGAAGAAAACGCCCCGAAGGGUCAGGAAAUUUCUACCUAAUGUGAUUGAAUCAUCAUCUCGCAGUUCCCGGAACCGCCAGUCAACUCCCUCAGCGCAGGCCUCUUCCGUGGAACGGGAGGUUGAAGGCAAGCCAGCAGGAACACUCAUUGCAGAUACACGGCCAGUCUCACCCCACGAUCUUACGAGUUCACAACGACAGCAAGACGACUCCUUGAUACCGAAUGACAUUGAAGAUAGUGACAACCGGACCUGUGGCCGUUCCCAGCGGCAGCUGAUAAGGGAAGAAGUACUUCAUAAUUCAGUUGACACCAAAACGAAUAGAGACCGACUGCCCUACCCUGUUUCGAGUUCGGCUACCAAAAAGGUCGUACUUCAGAUGCAAUCAUGUCCUAGAAAGUUUGCACCUCAGCUUGUUGAGACCAAUAAACGUUCAUUUCGCCGCAAGGAAACGUCGCAUACUUUGUCUGGAGCUCCUGUACAGGGGUAUGACAACGGGUCUCGAACGCAAAGCGGCACCUCCACCUGUGCAAACUCAGAUGCUUCCUCUGCCACUAUCGAAUCUAAAUAUUCAUAUUCUAGUCUUCAACAGCGUCAAGAGUCAAGGAGCCACUCUUUUCGAGUGCCAGACCUCCCUGCAAUCCCUUCCAGCUGCAGUGAUGCCUCGGAGGGGUCGGAUAUACCGUCGCUCUCGGCGUCUCCUUCCGUUUCAUCCAAUGUAUCUGCUCAUCACUCAAAAGCCGAAAACAGUUGUAAAACUGGCUGUGAUGGUCAUAUGGCGGAGUACUUCCUUUCUCUCGCAGCUCAAACGGUGGAAAAUCAACUGAAGGAGCAGGCACUUGCAGCAUUUCCCAAUGAACAAGUCUAUGAGCCUGUGGAUCACUUUGCGAUCGACAAGGAUGAAGACGAAUGUUCCGAGGAGGACUCGAAAAACGGCCUUCUACAUGUAUCAAGGCGGGAAUCAUCGGCCGAUCUUCCGUGGGAACUUGAACAUAUGCGCCGGCAUAAGGAGGAUGCCGAAAUGAGGGAUCGUGCUAUGGCGGGUACGAAGGGGAGACGCCUUUCGUCUGCAAUAUACAACCCUCGACAGUUUUACAAUGGAAUCGAUAAUGACUGCUGGAGAGGAAAGUAUGAGCCAGAUCUCUCCAGGCAUCUCGCGCGUCCACCUAUGCUAGGCGAUGACCUUGUAUUCCCACAGAGUUUAUCUCCCGAAGCGACGAUGUGUGAGAGUGGCUCUGUGCGGGACUGUGCUACCGAUUCAAAGCAUCGAGUCCGCAAUGAUUCUGGUCUUUGGUGUACACAACCUGAUCAUGUGCAGGAUGAUGCAACUACUGGUCUCUGGAAGGGAACAUGUUGCAAUUACAAGCAUGCUCAACAAUCCAAAGGAUCUUUACCCUGCGUGACAGACAAUUUUCGUCGCUAUAACAACAAUGAGUGUCAAUCUGAAGUAUGCAGCGAUGAGCAGGACCAGGACCAAUCUACUUCUAGCUCCUCUUGUCAUCUGGCUUUAGAUGUAGGAGAAUUAUCGCGUCAUGACAUUGACAAUGAACAUCAUGAUUGCUGCUUCGGGGUUGACGAUAAUUUCGUGACCCAGAUCUACAACUACUUAUCUCUAGGUUACCCGUGUGUUGCACGUUACUACGACCAUGAGCUUAGCAGGGUGUCAGGCAUCCCUGUGAAGGAACUCAGACGGAGUGAUACAUCUGCUCUUGCUAGGGGCUACCUUCAAGUCAAUGAAGAUGGUUCAGCAAAUGGGCCGGCCGUUAAACAGGUCUGUGCCCGUUGGGUGGCCUUACGUUUGUAUAUUCAUGACUGGGCAAGGUCACAAUCCGAUUUUGAUAAUGAUAAUGAUCACGACGCAUGGGGUGUGCUUGAGAGGAGAGGGAGCUGGGCAAUUUAA